GCCCUCCAGGCCCUCUUUAUAGAUGCCUUCGUCAACGUCCUGCCUGUACUCGUCGCGUAUGUGUGUCUGACUCCCGAGAUGAUUGCAUCGCUUGCGUCCUGGCUGCUGUCUCUGACCGUUGUCGUGGCCGCGACGCCCUCUCCGAAAACGCUCUCAAGCUCGCUCACCUUUCUUUACCAGAAUGAUCUCAACUGGACUAGCGCCACGGACCACGCCGGCGCCAUCCUCAUCGAACCUCGGAAUAACCAGGCUGCAAUUUCGGCAUGCGCGGCGCUCAGCGAAAACUUGCUCUCGGCCAAUGGACCUCACUUCGUCUCAGACGUGACGUCCCUCUUGUCGUACCUCGCAUUCCAGGACCAUUACCCCGCGGAACAAGAAUACUGGAUCGCCUCCCCCUCCGCGAAGACUUGCAGGACCGUUACGAAGGGGGCCAAAGUACAAACAACGUCGUGCCAGAAGACGCUUCCCGCGUUGUGUUCCCAGAGCGCGCCUUACCGUCCUGCUAGCGACCAGGACAAAGAUCCCAAAUGGCGAGUCACUGUGAGCGCGGAAGACUUAACGGUGACAGGGUACCGCGACCACCUCUCCUUCCGCUUCCUCGGCCUCCCAUACGCGAACACUCCGGAGCGGUUCACUUACUCUACGCUAUACUCAGGGUCACGAAAAGACCUUAACGCGACCGACUACGGGUCCCAAUGCGUCCAAGCCGGUAGCACCUCCGGGAGCGAGGACUGCCUCUUCCUCAACAUUUUCACGCCCUUCAUCCCCAAGGCCGGAACACCGUUAUCCACGCUGAAACCCGUCAUGUUCCACAUUCACGGCGGCGCGUUCACUGGUGGGACCGGGAACGAUGCGACCUUCGACGGCGGCGCGCUUGCCUCCCGGGGCGACGUCGUCGUGGUCGACAUCAACUACCGCCUCUCCACCCUCGGCUUCCUCGCCCUCCCCGACGGCACCACCAACGGCAACUUCGGGAUCGGCGACAUGACCGUCGCCCUCGCUUGGGUGCAAAGGUACAUAUCCGCGUUCGGCGGCGAUCCGGCGAGGGUCACGAUACUGGGACAAUCGGCGGGCGCGGCGGCGACGAGGGCCCUGCUCGCGAGUCCGGAGGCGAUCGGGAAGUUCGCGGCGGCGAUUCCAAUGAGCAAUCUGGUGGGGGAGAACUAUGCGACGACGUACUCGCUCUACUACACCAUUCCGCAGUUGCAGCCUGUGGCGGUAGACCCGAUAUUGGCCGCGACCGGGUGCAACGAAACCGACUCCGCUGCUGUCCUAAUGUGCCUUCGCAAGGUCGACGCGAACACGUUGGUCAACCUUCCCACUGUCGCUCGAUUCGUCGUGAUUGAUGGCAAAUAUGUCACGUCCAAGCAGCUCCCUGUUGACGGUUCCAGUCCUGCCGCACAUGUGCCCGUUGUGAUGGGAUUCAUGCGUGACGACGGCGCUGCCUUCAUCGGAUACCCGCAAAAUACCAACAUCACCUCUAACAUUGCCAGCGUUCUGUCGAGCCCCUCCCCGUCCGAGGUUGAAGCCUCCGGGCUCUUCCCUGUCCCUUCUGGCACGAACGCGACGCUGGACGUGUUCAAUGUCACCGCGCGAAUCACGACCGACGUCGAGUUCCGCUGCCUUGACCAGGCUGCCGCCAUCUCCGCCCUCAACCACGACGUCUUCCCGAAAAUUUGGUUCUACCAGUUCGAUCGGUCGUACCAAACGCCCGGGUUUGACCCGAACGCGCCCGUGUGCGAUGCGCCCAUCGAUGCCGCGCACCCUCAUGGCGAUCCGUCGAAAGAGUACUUCAAGUGUCACUCCGGCGAGCUGUACUUUGUCUGGGGCACGUUGGGCCAAUUCCAGCUGCCCUUCCGCGACGAUAACGACCUUCCAUUCUCCCAGCUAGCGGCAGACACGUGGUCCGCCUUCGCGCGCGAGCACGAUCCUAAUCCGUCGACGGCGUACCUGAAAGCUCGCGGGUACACGAGCACGCUCGCGCUCGUGGAGAAAGCGGGAGAAUGGAAACCUCUUACGAAAGGGAACGAUAGGGCGCUCCGGAUCAUGGACAUGCCACCUCGGACGGCCAGUUUCCAGGACGAGGCUCAAUGCAAGUUCCUCGGACUCCCCUUCAAUUACUACGGUUGAC